UCCCUCCGCGGCGGCCGCCCCCAGCGCCAGGCUCGCAGCUCCGCAGUCCCCGGAUGGAAAAUGUUAUGGCCGCCAACGGCGACCCGCCGGGCCAUGGAGAAGGGCGAGACCACUUUUCAGUAUUCCUCCUGACUGUGGCCUUUUCUGAGUCUCACCUCUACUAUUUGUGUGGAAAAAUGUCUAAAAGGCUGUUGAGGAAUUGAAGUCAUUUUUCUAAUUGAGAGAAUAAAAUGGGAAAGUUGUAGAACACUGAAGAUAACUCAGCACAAUAAACUUGUUUACUACAGGAAAUAAGCCUAAUCUGAAGAACUCACUUGAAGAAGAAUAAUACAUAUGAAAUCAUGCCAUCUGAACAGGACCAGUUUUCUCAUGAUAAAAAGCAAAUUAAUUUGUUAAAACAUGAUGCUGCAAAUAAUCUUUGUAUGGAUACUAGUUUGGAAAAUGCACUAGUGAAUAACCCUUUAAAUAUGACUACUCGACCAGCAGUUUUGGAUGUCAGUUUCUCCUGUAAACUGAAAAAUGUAAAAAUUGAUUUACCCAAGGUGAACAUUCCAAAUGAAGUAUUAAUGAAACAUGAAAUUGAUAAAUUCAGAAAACUAUUUCAGUGUAAACAGCAAACUGCAAGGAAGUCCUUAACUCUGGAGAAAGUAAACGUAAGCAAUCUUGACUGUUCAGGGGGAAGCCACGUACACAAUAAAACAGAAGUGCAAUUUGGAAAAGGGCUGAAAACUGUGGCUAAGAUACUGCAUUUCACUUGUACAAAGUGUGAGGACAAUGUUAGAUACAGCCCAAAUGAUCUACAAAAACAUUUUCAGCUGUUACACUCUGGAGAGUUGCCUGUGUAUCCUUGUGAAAUGUGUAACUUCUCAGCUAAUGACUUUCAGGCUUUUAAUCAGCAUAGACUCACCCAUCGCAGCACUUUAGUAAAGUGUGAGCUCUGUCUUGAUGAGCAGAUGUACACUUUGUUGGAUUUGACAAAGCAUUUUACAUCAAAGCACUGUGUAAAUGGUCACUUCCAAUGUGAAAAGUGUGGGUUUUCCACUCAAGAUGUGGGCACAUUUGUUCAGCACAUUCACAGACAUAAUGGAAUUACAUAUGAAUGUGGAAAAUGUCAUCAUAUAAGCUAUACAGAAGAGGAAUUCCAGAGACAUCAUCUUCUCCAUAGCGGUCUGAUUCCUUUUAGAUGUCAGUUUUGCAAUUACAGCACACCACGGAAAGAUUAUAUUUUAAGACACCUUAUAGCUGUGCAUAGAGACCAUUUAUGUACAAAAGAAAAACUGGAAAGGGAUAAAUGUGAAAAAAGAACACUGAAGACUCCAGCAGCACUAAAGCUUGUGUUAAGAAGGUAUAAAACGGGAACAUCGAAAAAGCCUCUUUGGAGGCGAAAAAAAAUAAUUGGUGGAAGUGACAAAACUGGAGAAAAAAAUUCACAAGUGCUAAGAAUUGUGAACAAAAUUCAACCAAAAUUGGAUGAGUUCAACCAGUAUAUGAAAGUUGUGGAAGCAAAUGAAGAAAAGGAUCAAAUUACAUAUACUGAAAAGAAUUUCACAGGUGCAAUGCAUGCUGCUACUACUGCACAGUGUAAUAAAGCAGAGGAUGGAACACGUUUCAGCCUUGGAUCAUUGAAAAAUACUGUUCAUGGGCCUGCAGUAUUGAUGGUCAAAAACAAUAAAAUAUCUGUUCCAGCAAAUUACAGUGCUAAAUUUAUGGGAUUUAAAAUUGUAGAUGGGAAACAACAUAUUGUUAUAAAAUUAUUACCUACAAAUAAGCAAAACUUGCAUUUGUUGGGUCAGAAAGCCGAUCCUAUUAAAGAUUGCUCUACACCUCCUUUGCCACAGACUGCUGAUCCUUGUAGUUUGUCUUCAGGUGCUAUACCCCGUGUAACUGAUCAGUCAACCUUUAAGAACAAUUCCAUUCACCCAUUAACUUCUGUGUUUUCUUCUGCUCCUCAUUCAGGAAAAGCAAAAGUGGAAAAACAAAAUAACUCCUUAUUGUAUGGUAGGAGUGUUUCUCAAACUGUAGCACCUUCUCAUGUAGCUGUAGGAAAAAAUUCAUGUAAUUUGCCAAUGAAGUUGGACUCUCCUGUAUCUCCAUGUGAUGAGGUGACAAAAAUUGGAACUCAAAGUAAUAUCUCAUGGAGAAAUUAUGGUCCUUCAACUCAUCCUCAGGUAUUAUCACCUCCUGUUACGAAUACACUAUGCUAUGACCCUUGGAAAAUACCCUUCUUUCCUGAACUGAAAAUACAAAAUGGUGGCCUGAACAAUAAUCACAGAACUAACAAUCUGUAUUAUUCACCUUCCGUUGAUUCUUCUAAUGAAGGAUUGCUGUCUUUUCAUAAUUAUUCUAAAAUGGACACUUUGGAUAAUCAGUGUAGCGUUUGGAUGUCAACAGACGACAAAUCUAAAGAAUUUAUAUCCAGCCAAACAGUUUAUUUUCAGAAGAGUAAUGACUCUGCAAGUUCAUAUUCAGACUCGGUCAAAGACUUAAAACUGGAGAACACUGUAUCAGCCCAAUCAAAUAUUAAAACUUAUGGACACAUAAACACUAAGAAUAAUGGUAUGUCUCCUAACAGACAAUCUAAAUUUGUUAGUGACAGGGAAUAUUUUGUGGAAGACCAGCAUAAUGGUCAACAAUAUUUGGAUACUAAUUUGCAUCAAGACUUCACAAGCAAAGCUGGGGAAUUCCCAGAAAGUGGAUCUGAUUGUGUUAAUUCAGUUCUAAUGCCCAAAAUCAUGUCUGUUUUCUCACUGCAGAGUGAACAGGCAGCUAAUUAUUUAUCACCUGAAAUAAACCAAUUACUACAAGAUGUGUUAAAAGUGAAAGCAACACCUCAGCAAGAAUCCCACAGCAAGUUGAAUAACUGUGUAGAACUUCAUUCUGACAAGCUGCUUUCCAGUCAAGAAAAAGGGAAUAGAGCCUUUACACAUUUAAAAAACUCAGCAACCACAUGUAGUUUUCCGAGGCCUUCUACUAACGCUGACUUUCAUUUAUGUAAGAGGGAAUUGAAUACAAGAUGUAGCACACAUGGAGGUAUGCAUUGUGGAGAAGAGAGAAAGAUACCCAGAACAUACCUUGAUUCCCAGGGAAUGGAUGUGUUAUGCAGAACUGCAGAUGGUGCUUUGCUUAAAGAUGAUACAGAUGCAUUUGUAACAGAGCGACUGGUAAAAGAUAAAAUGCAGUCUACAACUUCAGAUCCUACCAGCUUUUCACCAAUCCUUCGGGAACAGAAGAAAACUGUUUUAGUUCAGCCACCUCCAUCAAGAUUUUUUGUUCCUUUGCACCUUGCUAACCAGCCUGGACUACAGGUUGUUUCAGGAAAAUCUCUUUUGUCAACCAGUUCAUCAGAUGAUCAUGCAACGAAACCUACGUCUUUUGCUUUAAAUAAAGGACCUGGAAUGAUUCUGACUUUUAGUGGGUCAAUUGGAGCGGUUGCAAAUGUCGCUAGUGAUAGUUCUCAGGUUUUAGGCAGAGUUGCAUCCAGAGAAUAUGGUAAAAUAACCAUACCAGCUUCAAAAGCGGAUGGGAAGCAUGACAGUUUUGGAAGUGUAAGAAGUUGCUGUAAUAGGAGAACAUAUAGUACAGCAAAUGACUCAUUAAAUAGCAUGUCAUCCAAAGGACCACUUGUAAUUACAAACUUAUCGGAGUCAUCUGUAAAAAGAACUUCUUCUGUGAAAGCAUUAUCAGAGCAUCAGGAUGUUGUCUUUGGUUCAGAAGAGUCAACAGAACAACAGGAGAUGAAACAGAAACAGCAUGUUUAUGCAUUUUUGCCUGAUGGACAGCAGGCAGUUUUUCUGAAAUGCAUGACACCAAACAAGCCUGUAGUACAUAAACGUAGUGUUUUUCGGGAUAAUGCUCGUUAUCAAAAUUGUCAACCAAAGAAAACUGGAGUCAUGCAACAAAAGCUUUUGCUGAAAAUUAAGACUUCAGAUAUGCUGGCUGAAACAAACCGGUCAGUAAACAACUCAGUGCCCUCAGUACAGUUGGGCAGCUUACAGUCCCUUACUCCUGCACUAGCACAGAAACAGACUGAUCUUACUUCUAAUGAUGCCUUAAUCUUACCGGGUAGGUUAAUGCCAGCAAAUGCCUCUUCGGCAAGUUCUAAUCCAGUGUGUUGUAUUCCUUCUGUAGAACCUGUGUAUUCUACCAGAACUGCAGGGUCAUGGUUGCAAAAAGAUUUUGUUGAGAGUACACAAAUAAUAACUGCUAACAGGAAUAACUUUUGUAGUCAGAAGUCCUCAUGGAGCACCCAAAACAGAAUUGCUAAAGGAAAACCUCGUUUAAAACAGAGUGGGCCUAAGAAUUCAGAAACUGUAGUUUUGCAAAGAAGCAAGAAUUUCAAACGGAAAAAUAAGGAUAACUGCAAAGAACCUCCAAGAAAGAAAGUAGUGUUGCACAGAAAGUGUAAGGAAAAGAAUCGAGGUGAAGUCGUCAGUGAAUCAGGUGGCCAUUACAGACAAAGAGCAUCAAAAGAUACUGUGAGGACUUUGAAACUACUUCCUUUUAAUUCUAAACAGCUUGUAAAAUGCCCUCGGAGAAAUCAGCCAGUUGUUGUUCUUAACCAUCCUGACGCUGAUGUUCCAGAAGUUGUAAAUGUAAUGAAAACGGUUGCUAAAUUUAAGGGACAUGUUCUUAAGGUCUCAUUGUCAAAAAGAACUAUUGAAGCUUUGGAGCCAGCUUUCUGCAAUCAUUUGGACGUAACUACUGAUAAUCUUUUUCAAAAGAGGCACAGGACAAUAAAACCUAUUAGCCCUGUAAAAGAAAGGUUUGUGUUAAAAUUGACACUGAAAAAGACUAGCAAAAACAAUUAUCAGAUUGUGAAAACUACCUCUGAUAAUACCUUGAAAGCUAAGUUUAGCUGCUGGUUUUGUGGUAGAAUAUUUGACAAUCAGGAUAAUUGGGUAGGACAUGGACAGAGGCAUCUGAUGGAGGCUACUCGAGACUGGAAUUUGUUAGUGUAAUGAUGACCCAUACCAAUAAAAUAUCAUGCAUUGGGCCUUUUUAGAAAGAGAUUCAAAUUGAAUUAUGAUACACAGAUUGUUUUGUAUUUCAGUAUUGUAACAAGUUUAAAAAGUAAAGCAAAGUGCUUGUGUUUUAAAAGGAAAAGCAGAUUCUCUGUUGCCAUCAAGCUUUUAGAAAGAUUGAGGAACUUUGUGGUUUAGGUAACUUGUAACUAACUGCAAAUACAAUUCCAUACAAAUAUAUAUUAUUUUUUGUUACUACUAUCCUGUCCUAUAUUUUUAUUCUAUGAAAUGAGUUUUCAGGGCUUUUGUUCUGUACAUAUUUUAAAAGAUCUAAACUUGUAAAUAUUUUUAUACUUUUCAGCUAUUUGGUAUAAUUCUUGCACAGAAAUUAUUCCUUCCCCACCACCUUUUUUUUUCUUUUUUUCUUUUUUUUUUUUCAGAUCUGUGCAUGCACUACUAAAAACAAUUUGGAAAAAAAAAAAAAAGUUCAGCUACACACAACUGUUCUCCAGGGAUUUUUUGUUGUUAUUUUCACUUGUUAACUCCUGAUUUUGUUUUUCAGGGAUUGAACACUAUUUUUAGCAAGUGCCUAGAAGAUGUGAAGCAGUUAACAUUAUGUCAACUGUGUAACCAUAGGUCCAAACAGGGCCAUUUCCCCAAUAAUUUCAUUUAAACGAAGCCAUAUGUGAAUGCUUUAAGCUAUAUUGCUAUGCACAUGACACUUGUACUAUUUCUCUGCAGUUUGUCUACUUUCUUAGUGAAGUAUUUUUCAUAUAAAUUAAUAAAAUGUUACAAUUGUGUUAAUACAGUGAGCGUGAGAAUGAAAUCAGUUGAAAAUAUACAGUAUAUAUAUAUAUAUUCUUAAUGUAUAUGGUGUUUCAGAAUGGUGAACAUUCCUAAUCUGUAUUGACUCUGUCACUAUUAAAUUUGCUAUAAUUUGUGUUUACAAGUAUGACUGUGAACAUUUAUAGAAAAUACUUUUAUUUUAUUCUGUGUCUGUCACAGAUCCUAUAGGAAGGCUAAUAGUGCAAAGCACUAUUUCAGGCCUGUAGCCAUUGUAAUUUUAUAUAUAAUUUUUCCCCGUAAUGAUUAUGUGGUAUUUUUCUGCUGUUGCUUGUUCAGAUGAGCUGCCUUUUGUGUUGCCAGAGAUUUGGCAAAACCAAGGCUUCAGUUAUUCUGUCCUUAUUUUAAUGGUCAGUAGAGCAAUAGUGUUCCCAGGAACCCAAUUGCUUCAUCUUUAUUGUUUUAGAAAUAAAGGAAGGAGAAUAUGCUUCUGGGCCAUGGUGAUGGAGAGUAUACAAAUGAGGGUUCUUAUUACUCAUGGUGUUUACUAUAUUUGGAGGUGAAAUUCAGACUUAUGUGGGAGUGUCCUUAGCAUAUGGCACCUGGUAUUUUUGUUAGCCUUUUCAAGCAGUUUAGUUCAGAGAUGGAGCAGUUUACAAUUCCCAGCUUCCCUUGUAUGUGAUGGUGUGCCUCAUCAUGAAGCCCGUAGGACAUGACCAAGGAAAAGCUAGAAUAACUCUUACAGGUAACAUCUGCAAGGUCAGAUGGAUGAUUUUGAGGCUGUUUAGAGUGAUGAACUGAACGUUGACGUUGAACUAAACAUGCUACGGAAGGUACUUUUAUUUAUCCAAUGUGGUCCAGAUUUUCCCUUUUUGAAGAAUACAGGCAGUGUUUAAUUAAAGCCAGCUUUAUGGCUGUCAGCAGGCAAAUGGAAUUGGCAGUGGUUGUUCUGGCUGCGUAACUGAGUGCUGUGCAGAACAGCAGUGAUAGCGUAGUCACAAAAUUCUGCCCAAGGGCUGCAAGGUUACAUGUUGUAUGUGUAAGUCAGCUUCCCAAAGUAUUGAUGGAAAAAACUGUCAACAUUGACAGUUACUGGUCUUGGAGAGGCCUGGAUCACGGAGGCUUUAGGUUGUAUGCAAGUGCAAUUGCAGUUUUCAGUGGCUGUUAAGGUAAAAGUCAAGACUGAUUGUGCUACCGCUGAAACAAUGGCAAGUCUCUUAGGGAUGUCACUGGCAGCAGAGUUAGAUUUUUUGAAAGAAUUACUUCAGUAGAUAGAUUCUUGCUGUGUGUUGGCAGGAAGAUCCACUCUAGCUUUGUAACUAGUGAGAUUUAUAUGGGAGUCAGCUGAAGUACAUGAGACAGCGUGGGUUGGGUGCAGUUGGUGUGUUUCCUGUAUCAAAGUGGGCUUGUUUUACAGUGGUGGGCUUGAGUUCUGAUGUGAAUUUGGGAAGGAGCUUUUAGAAAUCUAUUUUACUGUUGUUAAAGUGUGUUAGAAAUAAACACCAGUAGGAAAACACAAAAAAGAAGGUAAGAAGGACCUUCUAGCUGCUUCAGUUUGUUCUCCUGUAGGAGAGCCUUCACACUGAACCCCUGAAUUCUAAGCUUUGCCAUUGCCUUUCUGGGAGAAAUAUCAAUGAAGUUUGUUUCUAAAAUGCAUUCACUGCAAUUUCACCAAGGGUAAGCAGUUUUUGUUAAUAGUUGCAUAACACCAAGAUAGAAAUUCUGUUCUACAAUUAGAGGGUUGUUUAUAUUGAUUAAUCACGAGAGUGACAAAUGUGAUUGGAUUUUGUUUUUCCGCAGAACCUUAAACAAUAUCAUGAAAAAGAAUACUGUGAUGUUAAAAAUGCUGAAAUAAGGUUGCUUUUUGCAAUCUUAAUUCAUUGUCAUGUGUCACUUUAUCCAUGGCCAUCCAUCUCAUUUGUUGCAGAGAAUUGUGAUUAAUAUUUUGUUUCCCUACUCUUAGUUAAGUCUUUGCAUAAUUUAAUGCAUGUUGCCCAAGUGUUCUGAAUAUAGAGCCCUUUCUCUCUUAUGACUUUUUCUAUAAUUCUUCAUUUGAGGUCCUAAAAGUUUGGUACUUUUGCAGAUCUGAUUUCAAGGAAUCUCAAGUUAGGCUUCCAUGAAAUUAUGGUCACAAAGAUCAUCAGCAGAAAGUUGGCUUAAGCAAUUUGAGUAUUGCACUGGAUGAUGCAGCAGUAGAUUCUCCAAAAACAUGUUUAACUGCCUUAAUAAUACGAAGCUACCUUUCAGCUGGCUGACUCCUGUGGUAUUUGUUUCCACAUUAUCUUCAUUAAAUGGGAAAGGUAUCAUACAAAUGUCCUACAAGCAACAUUACUUCCUUAUACAACUGUGAUUUAUCCUGAAGUACCAUACAGGAACCAAAUAAAAUACAUAAAUCCAUAUGGUAAAGUAGUAAACAAUUGCAUAUUUACUGUGUAUGUCUGUUUUACACAAUUAAGGUUGCAAGUAAACUGUUUUGAAGAGUGCUGCUUUUUGCUGCUUGACUUUACAAGCUAUCUUAAAAUGUUUUGAUUGCAACAUGUAUCAAAAUAAA